CGGGGCGCCGACUUCCGGUCGGAGGGCCGGCGCCGCUUUUGCGCAAGCGCGGGCCCCACUUUCCUGGCUCUUUUCUUUCCCCUCCCCCUCCGGCCCCCGCCUGAGGGGUCUUGAGGUGACAGCGACGGCAACUGCGAGUCCAGCAGGAGGAGGAGAAGAUGGACAAGGGGAAGGCCGGGCGCCGGCGCUCUUCAUCCGAAAUUGUCACAGAAGGAAAAAGGAAAAAGUCUUCAUCUUCUGAGUUACAUAAGAUAACAAGGAUGUUAAACGCAAAACCAGAAGCAGUUCAUGUUCAGUCACCACUGUCCAAACUCAGACGCUCAGAACACUGGGAUCUCCCUUUGCAGGGGUGGAAAAGAAGCCUAAGAAAUAAGGUCCUCUCUCUAGAUCAUAAAAGUAAAAAAGGUGUCCGUGGGCGUCCUGUCACUUGUAAGACAUCACCAGAAAGGCAUUACUGUUUUGAAUUUCUUCUAAGCACAACGUUAGCUGCAUUCCAUACAUUUUGGCAACUCAAAGUUAUGUUGACGAAUGUCCUAUGGACGGAUUUAGGACGAAAAUUCAGAAAGACCCUACCUAGAAACGAUGCUAAUUUAUGUGAUGCCAACAAGGUGCACUCAGACUCAUUGCCUUCGACAUCUGUUGACAGCCUAGAGACAUGUCCAAAAUUAGAACUUCUUCACCAAAGCCUUAAUUUUUCUGAAAGGAUACCCAGAGUUAUAUUGACGAAUGUCCUGGGAACGGAGUUAGGAAGAAAAUACAUAAAGACCUCAUCUGUAACUGAGGCCAGUUUGGGUGAUACAGACGACAUGCAAUCAGAGCAGCUUUCUUCAUCAUCUGAUGGCAGCCUAGACUCUUGUCAGAAUCUAAAUCCUCUCAAGAACUCCUUUUUAUCUAAAAGGGGUUCACAACCAAGAAAGACAGUAGAUAAUAAUUAUACAAAGCAGGCUGCAGACACUAAAGAAAAGCGGAGAGAUGACGAUGGCAUUUCUCUUGUAAUGUCUGAUACUCACCCAAAAGACCUCAAUAGUGGAAGUAGAGGGUGUGAUCAUCUGGAAGAGGGGAGCAGAAACAAGGAUGAUACCUAUUUUGAUUCAAAAAUGGAACCCACUCUGAUUUCCAGGAAGAGAAAGAAAAGGCACAGAAGUAGUAUACUAGAUUCUCAUAAUUCAACUACUUCUUUGUAUAAGUCAGCAGAACAGACAAAAGAACAGGAAAAUGACUCAACAGUAUCCAUUGAGUUUGAAAAGUCAAGUGAAAACUAUCAUCAAGACUCAAAACUGCUUGAAGAAGUUACACCUGUACCUAUAGAAAGUGAUUUUACUGAAGCAUCCUCACUUCACAGUCCGGAGCCGGCUUUGAGUGCUGCUCCCAAAAGCGCCUCUGACUAUUCAACCACUGAAACUUUUGAGAGCUCUCCCUCCCCCGAUAUCGUGGGGAAUUCCACCCUGCUUGAGAAGGCUGAGAAUGAGUUGGACACAAUAGAAAAGACUGUUUUAAGUGAACCCAGUGAAGGGAACCAGUCGCUGAUCUCAGCUGAACCAAUUGUCGUUUCCAGUGAUGAAGAAGGACCCGUUGAAAAUAAAAGUUCGGAAAUUCUUAAAUUACAACCUAAGCAAGACCAUGCCAUCACUGAUGAAAAUGAGCAUACUUCUGAAUCAGCAUUGUCAGAACUACCACUGAUUACGUGUGAAUCAGUGCAGGCUUCAUCUGAAUUAUGUGCAUAUAAUCCUGUCAUGGAAAACAUUUCUAGUCUUCUAUCUAGUAAUGAGAUGGAUCUUCAGCUGGAUUUUGUAUUUACUUCUGUUUAUAUUGGUAAAAUAAAAGGAGCUUCGAAAGGUUGUGUUACAUUCACAACAAAGUAUAUUAAGAUCCCAUUUCAAGUAUCCCUAAAUGAGGUUUCAUUGCUAGUGGAUACCACACAUUUAAAGAGGUUUGGGUUAUGGAAAAGUAAGGAUGAUGAUCACAGUAAAAGGAAUCAUGCUAUCAUUUUCCUCUGGGUCUCUUCAAAUUAUCUUCAAGAGAUUCACACCCAACUAGAAAACUCUGUAUUAAGCCAGCAGUCAAAAUCCAGUGAAUUCAUUUUCCUUGAGCUACACAAUCCUAUUUCACAAAGAGAAGAACUGAAAUUGAAAGAUAUUAUGACAGAAAUAAGUACAACCAAUGGAGAAUUAGAGCUUUCUUAUCCGUUGUCUUGGGUUCAGGCACUUCCAUUAUUUCAGAAAUUCUCUUCAAAAGAAAGUUCUUUUAUUCAUUAUUACUGUGCCUCAACUUGUUCUUUCCCUGCUGCUGCUGCUGAGGAAAUGAAGAUGAAACCAAUAUCCCAGCCUUCAAACAUCGAUACAGCCAAACCUACUUACACCUUCCUGCAGAAGCAAAGUAGUGGUUGCUACUCACUUUCUAUCACCUCUAACCCAGACGAAGAAUGGCGAGAAGUCAGGCACACUGGACCUGUUCAGAAGUUGAUUGUAUAUCCUCCACCACCUACUAAAGGGGGAUUAGGUGUAACUAAUGAAGAUCUGGAGUGCUUAGAAGAAGGAGAGUUUCUUAAUGAUGUAAUCAUUGAUUUUUACCUUAAGUAUCUUAUAUUGGAGAAGGCAUCGGAUGAACUUGUCGAACGAAGUCACAUUUUUAGUAGCUUUUUCUAUAAAUGCUUGACGAGAAAGGAAAAUAAUUUAACGGAAGAUAAUCCAAGUCUUUCAAUGGCGCAGAGAAGACAUAAAAGAGUAAGAACAUGGACUCGUCAUAUAAACAUCUUUAAUAAAGAUUACAUCUUUGUGCCUGUAAAUGAGUCGUCUCACUGGUAUCUUGCAGUCAUUUGUUUUCCGUGGUUAGAAGAAGCUGUGUAUGAAGAUUUCCCACAAACCAUGACCCAGCAGGCCCAGGCUCAGCAGUCCCAACAUGGCAACAAAGCAAUAGACAAUGAUCAACAUGCUACUUCAACACUAUCCUUGGCUACAGAGGAUUCCCAAAGUACCGAGACGAAUAUGUCAGUACCAAAGAAAAUGUGUAAAAGGCCAUGCAUUCUCAUACUAGACUCCUUGAAAGCUGCUUCUAUACAAAACACGGUUCAGAAUUUACGAGAGUAUUUAGAGGUAGAGUGGGAAGUUAAACGAAAAACUCAUCGUGAAUUCAGCAAAACAAACAUGGUGGACCUGUGCCCUAAAGUUCCUAAACAAGAUAACAGCAGUGAUUGUGGAGUAUAUUUACUGCAAUAUGUGGAAAGCUUCUUUAAGGAUCCUAUUGUUAACUUUGAACUUCCCAUUCAUUUGGAGAAAUGGUUUCCUCGUCAUGUAAUAAAGACCAAAAGAGAAGAUAUUCGAGAGCUCAUUUUGAAACUUCAUUUACAGCAACAGAAGGGCAGCAGUACUAGUUAAUCUGCACAAGCUUGACACAGGUGUUCUAUGCGAUUACUGGAAAGCUGCUUACCAGCAUUUGUGUUAGCAAGCUCACAGAGAAGAAAAUAACUUGCAGUAGUUUUCUAAGUCAUUGAAUAUUAUUUAAACUGUAUAAGAUAUAUUAUUAGAAUUGUUGGGAUCUCAUAGAUGGAGUGGAAAUGGGAGUGCUGUAGAUAAACUUAGAUAGAAAUUAAAAUUUCAUAAAUAUUUGAUAUUUUUCUGAUUAAGUAUGCUUGGAUUAUGCAAUAGCAUAUGUAAUGUGGGAAUGUGUUUGUAGAUGAUGAAGCGGUGUCAUCCGUACUUCCACAAACCUAGGAGGCGGGGCAGUUAGGUCCUCCCCGGUGCCAGCCCCAGUACUUGUCAAAUUUGUUGACAAGUCACAUUAUAUUGUAAUUCUAUUCUUUGCAGCUCAAGCAUGCAGUAUGAAUACUGUGUAUUUUUUAAAAGAAUUUAGUAUGAAGGCUUCAGAAAAUGCCAUUUACGGCAUCCCUUCUGUAUAGUGUAAAAGAAGACAUAACGUUAGGAAGAUGAUAAAAUUCACUCUUUCAAAGCGCAGCUUAUUUUUCUCAAUCGCUAAAUGGAACUGUUACUCUGCUCUAAUUGUUAUUUGUUUUCCAUUUCUUUUCAUGUCAUUUGUGGGGAUCUGAGAAUUUAGUUCAUUCAUUCAGAGUGAAAUUUGGAACAAAAAAUUUUAGCUAUCCAAAAUAGGUUUUUAAAAAUUAUAUAUAUAGCUCAACUUAGUUUAUUUGAGGUAUAGCUAUAUAAACACUGACUCCUAUCCUAUCCUAAUAUCCCAGAAUAUAUGUUUCUGUAAGUAUGGAAGAAAAAAUUGGUGUCCUCAUAACUUUAAUUAAAAAAAAAAACCUCAAGUUCCUAUUUAUUAAUUAUUAGAACUAAAUAUGUAAUUUUGUAGCUCUGUUUACCCAGUAUUCAUGUGCAAAGCCAGAUUGCUCUCAUUGCUUUUAUAUUUUUAAAUUGUAGUUUUUAGAGACCUGUGAUCCCCAUAGAGCAUAUGUGCAGGUAACAGUUCUGAACUCAUGAGAUGAUGGUGGUAUUAUAUAUGAUUAAAUACUUCGCAACCUUCUAAUGUUAUCAGGAAUAUUUUGAGGGGACAAUUAUAUUGUAUUUUCUUAGGUAAGAAACGUGUUUUUUAAGAAUAUCGUUUUAAUCUUCUGUUUGAAGCAUCUCCUGAAUUUACAUUGUAACUGUAUAUAAAGCAGUGAAGAAAAGGCAGUUUAAGAUAAAGGUAGAAGUCGGGACGUUUUAUUUCAAAAUCAUGUGAAUUGAGGGGGUCAGUUAAGCCUCAGUGUCCUUAAGUUUUUGUUAAUCUUGUCAACCAUCUUUAUACUGGGGAUUUCCUAUAAAGAUGGUUAUAAUUACGUGUUUCAUUCCCAAUUUAUGUGUGUGUGGGAGGGGACUUUUGUAGAUGACUGUUAAUUAUUUUGUAAAUCUAAUUUUGGGAAAGCAAGUGUAUAUUAUAUCUUCUUGUGACUUCUUAACUUUUUUGUUUGUUUUUCAAAGAUACCACUGUCCUUUAUCAUGUUUUGAAGGUUGCUUAAAAUUCAUUUUCCUAAAUUCAUGUGGAAAUAAUGCUUUGAGAAUAUCAGCAUUUUAUAUUAAACGUUUCCAAUUCAUUAAAUUGAAGUGUAAUUUUUUUCUUAAGAAAAGCGAGCCAU